GCGACACUAAAUGUAUGUUUUUGAUGAUUGAAUGACUUUAUAACAGGAUGUAAAGCUCAAAAGUUGAUUUAACAUAACACUGUUUCUUUAGUAAAUUAACAUUUUAACCAGAUCCAGGAUAGGAAACAGUUCAUUUUGUCAUGGAAGUCAAAUAUUUGCCUUAUUCUCUGUGAAAGCUGGAUUUUUUCUUGUUAGUUUGGUAGUCGGGUAGAUGGAGCAGCGUGAUGAAAGCGCUUCCUGUCACCGAGCCGUGGCUGUGAGGGUGUGAUGAAGCCGGGCUGGGAACCGCUGCUGCAGGACUCAAACUGAACUUGCAACGUGCCCGUCAGCCUCCCUGCUCCCUCGCUGUCACUGUGGUCUGCCUGCCAGCUAUCUGUUAGACGUCUCCAGGAUGUGCGAUGUGGACUCGUCCUCGGAGCCCAGCAGCCCCACCCUGUACGGCGAGUCUUCUGACAGGUACUACCAUGUGGACCGCUGGCAGAAGCUCCGCACGGCCGUACGCAAACUGGAGUUCUGGGAAAACUUCCGGGCUGAACUCAUCGGGAGCGGAUUCUUCUCCAGAGUCUACAAGGUGAUUCACAGCACUACGCGGAAGGUGAUGGUAGUGAAGAUCUACAAAAAUGAUGUGGACCAAGACAGCAUCGUGCGAGAGAUCAGCCUGCUGCAGAAGCUCUCUCACCCCAACGUUGUCAGGUAUCUGGGUAUCUGUGUGAAAGAAGACAAACUGUACCCCAUCUUAGAGUACGUAAACGGCGGCUGCCUGGAGGAGCUGCUGGCCAGGAAAGAUGUUCCCCUGUGCUGGAGAGAGAAGGUGGACCUGGCCUGUGACAUCAGCAGAGGAAUGAUCUACCUGCACUACAAGAACAUUUACCACAGAGAUCUGAACUCAAAGAACUGUCUGGUCCGAGUGACUCCUCGGGGCUGGGAGGCCUUGGUGACAGAUUUUGGGCUGGCGAGGGAAGUGGUGGAGCUGCCUGUGAAGGAUCCCGGCAGGAAGUUGUCAUUGGUGGGCUCGGCCUUCUGGAUGGCCCCCGAGAUGCUCCGAGGAGAGCCCUACGACCGUAAGGUGGAUGUUUUCUCCUUCGGCAUCGUUCUGUGUGAAAUCUUGGCCAGGAUCCCGGCCGACCCAGAGAUCCUCCCCAGAACCCAGGACUACGGGCUGGAUGUGAAGGCGUUCGGUGAGCUGGUUCCUGACUGCCCACGGCGCCUCCUGGAGUUAGCAGCCAGCUGCUGCAUGGUGGAGUCGUUCCGGCGCCCGGCCUUCACAGAGCUACUGGAUGAGCUGAGCGAAGCUGCGGAGGGUCUGGAGCCGCCACCGAAGCCCGACCUGACGGCCCGCUGAGCAGGGGGUGUCCAGCAGCAGGGAUUAUUGAUCACUGUGGAGACAGGAAGCCGAAGUGAGGGGGGAGUUUAAAGAAGGCGGGGCUGAUUGUUGAUGCUUCCUGCUUUCUCACCACAGGCUCAACUUGUCUUUUCUGAGAGCGGUUAGCCAAACCACGGCUUCCCUGAACGCUUUGCUAACGUGGCUUCCAGGUGAUCAGUGUUACUCCUCGAAGUAGAUCCAGUUUCAUUUCCCGACUCAGAGGUUUCCUCCUCCUCUUCAUACGCGCCUCGUCCUGCUUGUCGCCGCCACUCGUUUGGAAUCAACGACACAGAUCAUCCGAUCUGCUGAUAGGUUUUGGUCUUUGUGUCUGCUUUAGUUGUUCUGACUUCUCCUUCGUUCAGCCACGGACUCCAAACGGCUGCAGACAGCUGAGGAACCUCAGACUGACCGUCGUGUUCAAGGUUUUUGAGAGCUUGUCUCAGUUUUACAGAAAAUAUCCUUUGUUUCUACAUAUACACAGAAAAAAACAACAGGCCACAAAGUGUGUAAAGUGUACAGGCCCCUGUUAGAGUGAAAAGAAAAUGUGAGACUAAAAUCAUUCCAAAACCUUUUCAGCCUUUAAUGUGACAGUUCUAAAUUAUAAUCUAAACUGAAUAAACACAUCAAUAAAUCUAUUUACUUGUUAUUGAUGCAAAGCAAAGUAAAUCCACAUCCCGCAUCAAUAAUACUGAUUUUGUUACUGAUAUGGAUACUUUUUAUUAUGUAAGUUUGAUACAUCGUCAAAACUUUGGACCUUAAGUUGUUUUUAUGUUUCUUUUGAACUAUUUUGUAAAAACCUGGGACAGAAUUUGUACAGGUUUAUAGGUGUCUAACAUUCAGAUAAUAUACUAACAUGAUAAACAGAAACAAUAGAAAAAAACAAACAUUUGUAUGUAUUUUUUAUAAAUCAAAGUGAUCAACAUUGAUCAAAUCAAAAUCUUUUGCUGUAGAUAAACUACAGCACCAACAUGAAAUAGAGUUACAUGAGGAAAUCUGAAACUUAUUGAUCCAGUACUGAUACCAAUUUGGAAUUGAUAUAUUAUUGAUACUUUAGAUAGAUCCGCCCACCUCUAGUGUUCACAAUAUUAAAAUGAUAAUUUGCUGAUGCAGCCUUUGCUGUCAUUUCAACAUUUAUCCUUCUUUGGUAGAAGCUUGCAGGGAUUUUACACAUAACUUUCCAACAAAGUUUCUACGUUUCUCGGCGAAACAAGCUGGAGAUGAAAUCAGUUUUCAGACUGCGAGGAUCUGAUCCACAGCCCUCUUCAAGUUUUUCUCUUAUGACGCCAUUUUUAUUUUUAUUUGAACGUCUGCUUGAACCCUGUUGAAAAAAUAAAAUCCAUUUUCAUCUCCGGCUUCAUGGUAAGCGCCUGAAGGCGUUGCAUAAAAACUGAAUGAUAUUUAAAACUGUUGAUGAUUUCCUCCACACUCACAAAAAUAUGAAUUCCAGGGCAUGAUGUUGCCGCCACCAAGCUUCAUUGGUGCUCCUCUGGAGAUGUGAAAUGCACCAGAUUUGUUGCUUUAGCAGUUGAACUGCACAGGAAGUGUUAAAAAUUAUACUAAAGACAUAAAAGGUUCAAUGUCUGAUUUUGAAACCUCUAACAGGGGCGUGUAAACAUUUUACGGCUUGAGUGGAGAAAACUGUCGUAGUGAGUCAUAUGUAGAUUUUUAAAUCACAUUCUUGCUUUGACUCCAGUACACCCAGACUGUCUGUAACCUGUUGCUUAUAUAUUCCUUUGACAUUUUUAAACAUGCUUGGAUCUGAACAUGUGUUUUAAAAAGCCUGAGCUUUCUGUAUGCUUCCCGUUCUUCUGGUACUGUAAGGGUCCAGUUCGGUUUUCCAUGUUAUCAGAAUUUCAAGGCAGCUAAAAUGCAACGGACUUUCAUUCUUCCUAACAUCAGCCAGACUUUUGUGAUGGAACAAAUAAAGUGAUAUUCUUUGUCUAUCAUUUCUUUUUGUGAGAUGCUUUAAGUUUAAGUUCAGAGUUGAUGAAACAUGAUCACAUUGAGCCUGUUGAGCUGCCUCCAUCCAUCCAUCAACAGGAUGGAUGGUAGAGUUCCCAGCCAAAUGGAACAUAGAUGUCAGGUACAUCUGCUAAAUCUAUUUGCGCACCAAAAUAUGUAAGGAAUAUGUAAAGCAUCACAGUUUUAAUUUGUAUUUUUUUUAGCUUUGUUUGUUUUUUCUUUAUUUUUUGCUGUUUUCCCACAAAAUCCCUUCUGCUGUUAUACCACUACAUGCCACUGGAUGGCAGUCUUUUCAUAACUGAUACGAAUCCUGACUGGAUUACUACUAACGACCAACUGCUGUAAAAAUAAGAAACUGUCCGAAGAACAGAAUCCAGACA